AUGAGCGCAGCAGCCGCGGCAUCCCCACCACCUCACACAAAUGGAGGACCGCCGAUGCCAGGACCAUAUCAUGCAACCCCAACUGCAGGCAGCGACAGAGUCUUCGAGCACAUCGACGACCUCAAGGCGAAAGCCACGCAGGGAUACAACCCAGCGAGCUCGAUCGGUGAGCUGCUGAAGACGGCGACCGUUGGUGUAGAGCAGGCUAGCAACCUGCUGUCCUUUCGAAGACCCGACCUCGCCUUCGUCGAAUAUGUACGAGCCUCUGAGAUUGUGCUGAACGUCAUCCCACGGCACAAGGACUACACCCACUUUACCAUCGACCAGCAGGAGCCGGCGAAGAAGUUGACCUUGACGCAGAAGCGGGUCAGUGCUUUGAGCGAGCAGUUUGCUGCAAUCAAGCAGAUCAUCCUCAAUAAUAACACGCGGUAUAAUGUGCGGUCGAGGCAGAGUGCGAAUGGACAUGCAAGGACGGAGAGUGCGCCGGCUGCGCAGUUGAAUGGUAGCAGACCUAGCUCGCAAGACGGUGGCAUACCCAGGACACGGCCUACGCCUAGCCCGAAGCCCGACAACCUCCAUGGCAAGGCCAUACCUCAUGGACUUCCAAAUGGCCAUGCUACUUCGAACGGUGGCGAUGCUCUGAGCGAGCGCUUCGCGAAGCUACGGACGAACGCCGAGCAAAGAGAAGAUCAGGGAAGUGGCAAUCUGCAAAACUCGACGCUGUACAUGCCGUCCGCAUCCGACUAUUCUGGACGAGCCUCUUUCGACCAGCUCGCACGAACGAACAGCAUGCCUUCAAAGCCGCAAGGUCCGCGAGGGAUGUCACAUGGCCCAGGACCUGUCCCGCCACCAAUAACGAUACCGAACUUUCCUCAAGCACCACCUGCAGCGUACAGUCCAGCCCGUAAUAUGGAGACCACAGGAAACAUUGCGCCACCAAGACACUCCGCAAGAAGUCUUGCGAGCUCCGACAAACGAAGAUCUUCCCUUGUGCCAAGCUCGGCAGCUUCAGCGCAUGCCCCUAAUGGCUAUGCCCAGAGCGGCGACUACUUCCCAAACGGAGCUGGAGCAAACGGAGCUGGAGCAAACGGAGCUGGAGCAAACGGAGCUGGAGCGGUCAGACCAUCGGUCGGGUCUCAACGAAGAAGGUCGUCCAACAUGCCUACAGAAACGGAGGUCUCGUCCGAUAGGCUCUAUGACUAUAUUAGACGGUAUCAUGUUCUCCUCAUCGACUUUCGGUCACGAGAGGAGUUCGACCAAGGGCAUAUAUAUUCGAGAGCUAUCAUGUGCGUAGACCCGCUAUCGACCAGACAAGGCAUGAGUGCAGAGCAAUUACUGGACACGUUAGUGUUGUCGCCUGAGAAUGAGUACAAUAUGUUCAGAAGUCGGGACGACUUCGACUUUGUGGUGUACUAUGACGCGAAUACUGCUUCGGAGAGCUUUCGACGACAGCCUGUCGGUCAAAAGCAGUUGGGCUUGAAGUGCCUGCACGAGGCGUUAUGUGACUUCAACGUGGAGAAACCGCUACGGCGGCCACCGAUAUUGCUGAAAGGCGGUUUAGAUGCUUGGGUGGACAUGAUUGGCAAGCAGGCUUUGCUUGCAUCUGACACUGCAUCGCGCGUGAAGCAGGGUCAAGCAGCCUCGAGAGUCCCUCCUACGCCACCAGCAAAUGGUAGUAGCGAACUCAGAUUGCCGAAGCGAAGGAUACGAGAUUACAACCCACUGGAUGCAGAUGAAGAGCAGUACUGGAGAGAAAAGGCGCGAGCAGAAAGUGUGGUCCUCCAGCAGCCUCCAGAACUGUCCGAGGAGGGAGUACUCGAGACGGCGGCAGAGGAGGAUGCGGGGCCUGAACCCUUCAGCGCGAUUCGCGAGUUCAAUGAACGCUUUCCGGACGCUGGAGAUCUGGACAAGCAUGCUUUCGCCAGCCAACGUCCUUCACGAGCGCCUCCUGAGGUGCCUGCCAAAGUGCCCAUGUACCCUUCGGCACCACAUCCAUCACAAUAUCCACAAGUGCCUGCUCGGCCCGCACCGAUAGCACCGCGCAUGAGCUAUCAAGGUGUAUCCGAUCGAUCUGUCUCAGCUAGUCAGCCUACGAGCAGACAAGCUUCUGGUAGUCUGGUGCCAUACGUGCCCCCUCGGCUCCUGGCUAAGAACAUACGACUGCCUCGAACAGGACUGGUCAACUUUAGCAACACGUGCUACAUGAACAGCUGUAUACAAGCAAUGUCCGCUACUACCCCACUUUCGAUGUUCUUACUCGAUGACGGAUACAAGUCACAGCUGCAGGAAAAGAACUGGAAAGGCACGGCAGAAUAUGGGCACAUCACCAAUCACUACGCCAACUUGCUCCGCAAUCUUUGGAAGGGCGAUGUCGAAGUAGUCAAGCCGAGUACUUUCCGGAAUCUGUGCCGGCGUGCUGCGAUACAAUUUGAUAACAAUGACCAGCAGGAUGCAAAGGAGUUUCUGGAGGUUCUGAUUGAGAACAUGCAUCAAGACAUGAACAUUAAUUGGGCGCAUACACCACUGCGAGAAUUGACGGAGGGCGAGGAGGCCAAGCGAGAACGGAUGCCGAAGCUCAUAGUAGCCAAAACAGAAUGGGGCCGUCUCACCCACCGCGAAAUCUCCUUUAUCUACGGCCUCUUCGCCGGCCAGUACGCUAGCAAACUGACCUGCUUGACCUGCGGUUUCACAUCCACAACCUACGAGAUCUUCACCUCCCUCUCCGUGGAAAUCCCCUCCGACCCUCUAGACUGGACCAAUGGUCGCACCUGUACGAUAGACGACUGCCUCCGCGCCUUCUGCUCCGAAGAGAAACUGACCGGCGAUGAGAAAUGGAAGUGUCCGCACUGCCGUACCGUCCGCGAAGCAAAGAAACGCAUCACACUCUCCCGCGCACCCCAAUUCCUAAUCGUGCACUUCAAACGCUUCGCCUCUCGCGCCGGCCAAAGGUCCCAGAAGAUCCGCACCACAGUCGAAUUCCCACUCACGAACUUCAGUCUAGACCCUUACAUGCUGCCCUCCCCCACCCAGCUCGAAUCAGCAGCUAUAACAACAACCUACGGCCCCAAAGGUCUAGAAACGGAUCUCGCCAUGACCGGGCCCUUCACGUAUGAUGCAUAUGCCGUGAUCCAGCAUCUGGGAAACACGUUGCAGAGCGGGCAUUAUAUUACGGCGGCCAAGGAUCAGGGGAGGAAGUGCUGGCAUGUUUAUGAUGAUACGCGGGUUUCGGAUUUUCAGCCUGGGGUGGAAGGGAGGGCGUUGCAGAAUGAGAGGGCUUAUAUUGUUUUCUAUCAGAGGGUGGAGAUGGGGGGUGGGGGGGUGGGUUAUGGGAAGAUGUGA